AUGGGAGAAGGUCAUGUGGAUUUCCUGAUGGAAACAUUCAUCAUGUUUAAGGACCUCAUGGGAAAUGUCUUCGCUGCUGACUGGAUGAACAUGAACCUGGUGCAGAUGCAGGUCUUUCAGAGGGCCAUCAACCAGUACUCUGAUGUGCUCAACAUGUAUUUCUUGGACCAGGCACAUUUUAAACUACAGCUGUGGAAUAACUACUUUCAUUUGACCGUGGCAUUUCUCACCCACAAGACACUGCAGCUGGAGUCAUUCUCUCAGCAGAAAAGGAAUAAGAUACUGAAUAAAUAUGGAGACAUGAGAAAAACGAUGGGUUUUAAGAUCAGAGAUAUGUGGUACAAUCUUGGUCCACACAAAAUGAAGUUCAUCCCUGCCAUGGUUGGACCCAUUUUAGAGGUCACGCUGGUGCCGGAGCAUGAACUGAGGAAAGCCACCAUCCCAAUCUUCUUCGAUAUGAUGCAGUGCGAGCACAACUUCAGCCCCGGACGCACGUUUGAAACGUUUGAGAACGAACUGAUAACAAAAUUAGAUCAAGAGGUAGAAGGAGGCCGAGGGGAUGAGCAGUACAAAGCCUUGCUGGAGAGAACGCUACGUGAGCAUUGCAGGCGUCACAGAUACCUGUCUCAGUCAGGAGAGGAGCUGGCUCUGCUGCUCAGCAGCCUGCUAGAGAAUCUCCUGGCAUACCGCACCAUCACGCAUGACGAAAGUCCUGAGCACCGUAUGAGCUGCACCGUCAAUGUGCUGAAUUUUUACAAAGAAAAGAAGAGGGAAGACAUUUACAUCCGGUACUUGUACAAGUUGCGGGACUUACACCUGGACUGUGAGAACUACACAGAGGCUGCCUACACACUGCUGCUGCAUGCUGAAUUACUGGAGUGGUCCGAUAAGCCCUGUGCACCCCAUCUGAUACCCCGAGACGGGAAACACAUGUGCUUCCAGCAGGAGCUGAAAGAGAGGCUAUUCCAGGAGAUCAUAUGUUACCUGGACAAGGGCAAGAUGUGGGAAAAGGCAAUUGAGCUGAGCAAACAACUGGCCAAGAUGCACGAGACCCAUAUGUUUGACUUCAUGGAGCUCAGCCAGUUGCUGAAACAACAAGCACAGUUUUUUGAGAACAUCAUGCACACCCUACGGCCUCAGCCUGAGUACUAUGCAGUGGGAUAUUACGGCCUUGGAUUCCCUUCUUUCCUCAGGAACAAGGUUUUCAUCUAUCGAGGCAAAGAGUAUGAAUGGCUUGAAGGCUUCAGUUUAAGACUGCUCUCUCAGUUCCCCAAUGCAGUUCGGAUGACCAGCACAUCGCCCCCUGGGGACAACAUCUGUAACUCUCCUGGACAGCAUAUCCAGUGUUUUACUGUCAAACCAGUUCUCAGUGUGCCACAACAGUUUAAGGACAAAGGAGUUCCAGAGCAGAUACUAAACUACUACAGAACCAAUGAAGUGGACCAGUUUCAUUACUCCAAGGCCUUCUGGAAGGGUGAAAAGGAGCCAGACAAUGAAUUUGCUACCAUGUGGAUUGAGAGAACAACCUUUAUUACUGCCUAUCGCUUCCCAGGAAUUCUGAAAUGGUUUGAAGUCAAAUCUGUCUCUGUGGAGGAGAUCAGUCCUUUGGGGAAUGCCAUAGAAAUCAUGGAGGCGGCCAAUGAAAAGCUUAGUAACCUCGUGCAACAGCAAGCCUGUGAUCCCUCUCUGUCCAUCAAUCCUCUGUCCAUGAUGCUCAGCGGCAUUGUUGACCCUGCUGUCAUGGGAGGCUUCUCCAACUAUGAGAAGGCAUUCUUCACAGACACCUACAUCCAAGAGCACCCAGAGGACCAAGGACAGAUUGAGGUUCUCAAACACCUCAUUGCUCUGCAGAUACCCCUGUUGGCAGAAGGCAUUCGAGUCCAUGGGGAGAAGACAACAGAGCAGCUGAAGCCCCUUUCACAACGCUUGGUCACUUGCUUCAAAGGACCUUCGUGCAAAAGUAGAGAGUGCACUUGUGGCGUUAUAACCUUGCCCUGCUCGCUCACUAUGAGGAACACGAGCCGUGUGGGCUCCAUGGUGAUGCCCUACAUCAUGUCCUCCACCCUGCGGCGCAUGUCCACUGUGUCCACCCUGUCCAACACCUCGUCAGGCCUUUCAAGUGGCUCUGCAUCUUCAGACGGGCCUUCCUACGUUUCUUCCCAAGAUGACUGCAGAGACUUUUUGUCCCGCUCGGAGGAGGACAACAGGAUCAGCAGAAAGAACAGGAAGGAGUGGAGUGUCAGUAAGUCCCAGCUGCUGCUAGAGAGGCAGUUGGAUGUAGAUGAGACGCUUCCAGAGAGGCAGCAGAGGCCAAAGAGUUUACAGUUAGGAGAUCGCCGUCUGCCGCUCUCCCUGUUACAAGGUGCUUCAUCCCAGCUGAACCUGUCCAACCCCCUCAGCCCUCUGCCCGCCUCUUCACACACACCGUGCAGCUCCAGCUAUUCCUCACUUCUCAGCGACAGUGAUGUCAACACCAUCGACACCCCAGGGACGCCCCCACCCAUGCCUCCAAAGAAACACCCGCACGACUUUGACAACCAGCAGCUUCCUUCAGACUUCGCUCCUCAGCUGCCACUGAAAUCUGACAGCAAGCCUCCUCCGCCGCCUCCCAAAACACGGAAGUCGAUGUUCCCCUCAUACGAGCACAGCCCCCAGUAAGGACACGCCCACGCACCAGCCUCAAACGUUCACUCAGUCCCUCAGUUGACUGUGAUGAAAGCACAUUUUUCAGGGAAUAAAUACACAACCGUCUAUGAGGGAUCUGUACCACAUUUUUAGCAGUAAAAAAAAAAAAAUAAUAAUAAUAAUAAUUAUGCUGUAUAUUGCUAAUAAUUCAAUAAUUCCACAUGACGUCUGUUUUGUUUUACACCUUAAUGACGACUGUGUUUG